AUGAGCGCGCCGCUGUCCGCGGCCGAGGCGCUCUCCUCCUUGUUGUGGCAGCCCUACGACUGCCGCUCGCCGCCCCUCUUGCGCUCCCGCACCGAUGGAGCCCUGGCCAGCGUGUACCUCGUCGCGGGGGACGGGGCGCUCGAUCACCAGUCGCCGAGCGGCGGUCGUCAUGCGCGCGCGUCGUACUGUGCGACUACUCACGAGAUGCGGCUGCCCGUACCGGCGCCGGCCCCGCUGCGCAAGUCGGAUUCGGUAUCAGUGCGCGUACCCGGUGAACCGAGCCGAUCGGAUGUGUGCAAUGUGAACAUAGUGCAGGUGCGAGAUGCACCCGUUCCUAAUGUGAACAGUGCGGUGCAGACGGAGACCGAGAGGAGUGUAGCGAGUGCGGAGUGUCAGACCGAGGAGCCAGCGAGGCGGCGGCGGGUGCGGCGUGCGCGGGCGCCGCGGGUGCCGGACCUGUUGGAGAGCGUCCCGCCGCCGCCGUACAGCACGCUGCCUCAGCCCGUGCACCCGGUGUCCGUGCCGGUGCCAGUGCCCGUGCCAGUGCCAGUGCCACCACCCGCGCCCAUAGUCGGGCCGCAUGCUCCUUCAGCACACCGCUUUCCUUUCCAGCCCAUACCUCUCAGAUCCGGAAGAGGUGGGGCGUACGCAUGUUCGGAAGUGGAGGGCAGUGCCCCCAAGUCGUGUUGUGGUCGUCCACCCUUGAGGCUGUGUGUGUUGUUCCUGGGGGUUGUGGGGGCUUGCCUUGUAGCCGCCGGAGCAGUACUCGGAGCCCUAAGACCACAUCCGCGAGCACCUCUCACAUUACUGUUACUUAUGAUAGGUAUAGGCGUGGUGCUAGUGACAGCGGCGGGUCUAGCGUGGCGGCUCGGUGCACGCGACGCGCCCUGCGCUUUCCUCGGUAUAAGACGAGCGUCGUGUCGCCGGUUCGUUCCACGAUUACCUCCGAGUUACGCACGACCUCACCAUCCAUACGCGGCCAUGCUGUACCCUGAGUUCCAUUACAGACCUCCACCACCAACUUAUCAAGCUUCCAUGCAGGAGUAUAGACUAAGGUUGCUUCUCCUAGACAGAAGUGCGCCCGCGGUGUCCCCGCCACCUACCUACAGGUCGAACUCAGCCAGUCUAGUCAGAGGAUCAAAUGGUGCUACAUGGUGUGGCUCCGAGUACAGCGGACCUCCGUCAUAUCGAGCACCUCGCGCGGAUCCACCUGUAACUGUACAAGAUAAUCUGCCGAUCACACCGCUCGACCUCAAGUACACGGACAACACUAUAGAGAGCCUGCCAAAACCAACAGAACAAGAGAAAGAUCCAGAUGAACAUCUUGUGACAAUCGUUCACACUGAGGCCCAACCCGUAAUCGUUACCGUAUCCGGCUCCGCGGCCCUCAACGAUACGCAUAUACCACCGCCGUCGGAAAUUGACAUAUUGGCACACUUAUAA